GUGAAUUUUUGUGAGAUGAAAUCCAAAACAGUUUCAGCUAGCACUUAUUUUUUGAAGACAUUUUCUUUGCCAAACAUUUUCCUCCACAUAAAUUCAGUAAAUACAAACACAUUUUUAAAAAUGAACAGCGAUGCUACUGAUGGUUCUAAUAUUCCCUCAAAGUUUGCUUUUCUUUUGAUAAAAAUUCCCAAAUUUUUUAGUUCUCCUUUAACUAGUCUCGAAGUUGCAAAAAAAGUUGGAUUAGGGAAUAGAUUUGCUUUUACUCUUGAUUGUUUGCCAUUUUCUGAAGAUGGUCCAAUUGUGGUGUUGGUUAUUGAUUUUCUGCAAAUGGCUCAAGACCAAAGGAAAAUUGUUCUUGAAUUUUUGAAGGCUAAUGGUGGAGAACUUUUAGACACGCCUGGUUACGCCAUUAAAUUUGAGGAUUGGUACGUACUUAUGGAUGUUCAAGGCAAGCUGCGUCGCACUCAUCCUAGAGCUUUCUACUCUGAAGAUGGCGGUAUUGCAAUUAAUGGUGAGGCGCUUACACGAAGUCCUACCGCUAAGAGUGUAUUCAUUGAAUUUACCACUCCAAAAGGAUUUACUACGUAUGAAGAGCCGAAAUUCUUUGAGUUUUAAAUUAAUUAUAAGGUGGCAAGAACCUCAUUUUUAUUUAUUAAAAUUUUGUAAUAUUUGUA